AUGGAUAAUAAUGAUGGAUUUAAUAAUGGUUUACCAACAACUGAUCCCAAUUCAAAUUUUAAUUACAAUUACGAUAAUAGUAGUUAUCCCAUGAAGAAUGAGGAUGUUUCCCCAGCAUCUUAUACCAAUACACCUGGUAACGCUGUAUCUUCUUACCCUACCACCUCAUCAGAUCUCCCACACCCCUUACUGCAGUAUACUCAACAAAUUCAACAAGUUCAACAACCUAUUUAUCAACAAAAUACUGAAAAUAAUAUUCAACAACAAUUCUUCGACGCUACUCAGCCUAUUCCCCAGAAUGUACCGCAUUUCAUUCAAAAUAAUUCUUCCCCAUCGAGUAUGACCGAUUCUUCACAAAUUAACCAUACUAAAAUCUUUACAUUUGAUAUUCCUGGAAUCAAAAUUAUCGUCAUAUCUACUUUUCCUCCAAUGAUUAAUUCCUCUCGAACGAAUCAUUCUGAAAUCUUUACAUUUGAUAUUCCUGGAUCCAAAGUCAUCAUUAUCACACUUACUUUUCAAUGA